AUGCUCAGAUUAUCCUCAAACUCCUCAGAUUAUCCUCAAACUCCUCAGAUUAUCCUCAAACUCUUCAGUCUAAUCCUCAGACUCCUCCUCAGAUUAUCCUCAAACUCCUCAGAUUAUCCUCAAACUCCUCAGUCUAAUCCUCAGACUCCUCCUCAGAUUAUCCUCAAACUCCUCAGAUUAUCCUCAAACUCCUCAGACUACUUCUCAAACUCCUCAGACUACUUCUCAAACUCCUCAGAUUAUCCUCAAACUCCUCAGACUACUCCUCAAACUCCUCAGACUACUCCUCAAACUCCUCAGAUUAUCCUCAAACUCCUCAGAUUAUCCUCAAACUCCUCAGAUUAUCCUCAAACUCCUCAGAUUAUCCUCAAACUCCUCAGUCUAAUCCUCAGACUCCUCCUCAGAUUAUGCUCAGAUUAUCCUCAAACUCCUCAGUCUAAUCCUCAGACUCCUCAGAUUAUCCUCAAACUCCUCGGAUUAUCCUCAAACUCCUCAGUCUAA